AUGGGAGGAGAUGUGCCAAACAUCUCGACUGUUGAACCCGACAAGAAGUGGCCGACUCAGCACUCGUGGUCAGCUGACCCAGAAGAGCCGGCUAUAUAUUGGGCAGCAAAACCCAGAGAAGGCAGAUUCAACAUGAAGUCCCUCAUCUUCCUGUUGGCUCUCGCCCUUGUGGGGUACGUAUAUCCUUCCUCUCCCUCAAUCCGCAGAGACUUUCCUAGCCAGGCCCAUCUUUAUCCCCAUGCCACCUUUGUUUUUUCUCUUUGCACAGAUCCCAGCUUCUCCGAAAACAGCCUUCACAUCUACAGGUAUGAAGGUGUGAUUCUGUCCGGACUGCCCGAGAGAGGAUUGAGCCAAGCUGGAGUUAGGCUAAUCUGCAAAGUGAAAAUCAGGGGCAUUGGACAAAGACAAUACCUGCUGCAGAUUGAAGAACCCCGCAUCCAAGAACUCAAUGGGAUUUGGCCAAAGGACCCGUUCACUUCCGCCAAGAAGCUGACGGAACGAUUGGCUCCACUCUUGACCAAAGCCGUGAAGUUCGAGUACAUCAAUGGACGUGUGGGGACCAUCUCUGUCCCGGCCAACCUGCCUGAAGACAUCCUCAACAUCCACAGAGGGAUCCUCAACAUCUUCCAGAUCACCAUCAAGAAGUCUCAGUCUGCCUACGACCUGCAAGAGGCUGGGAUUGAAGGGAUCUGCCAUGCGAGAUACCUGGUCCAAGAAGACAAGAGGAAGGGACGUGUAACCAUCAUUAAGUCCAAGGACCUGAACAAUUGCCAGGAGAAGGUGGUGAAGCACACUGGCAUGGCGUACACCCAACUCUGCCCCAGCUGCCAACUGAGAGGCAGGAAUAUCCGAGCCUCCGUCACCUUCACCCACGUCCUGAAGCCCACCGCUGCCGGGGCAAUCCUGCAGGAAGCCAAGGUCCGGGAGGUGCAUCAGUUCACUCCCUUCCAUGAACUGGACGGAACAAUGCGCGUUGAGGCCAGACAGAGCCUGAUCUUGGAGCAGAUCACCACAGCAACCGUGAGUGAAGUGCCCGACUUCCAGAUCCAACGCACCCUUCAGUUCCGCAGUGACAGCAACGUUCUCCAGCAGCCCUUCACGCUCAUCCGUGACCAGAACAUCAUCCUUAAGGUGAAGGACACACUGAACCACAUUGCCCAACACAAUGUACAGACUAUCCACAGUGAUGCUCCCUCUCGAUUCCUGGAGCUCAUUCAGCUCCUGCGAUCUGCGGAUCAUUCCAGCCUGGCUGAGAUUUGGAGACUGGUGAAAAGCCAGCCUGAGUUAAGGCGUUGGUUCAUUGAAGCACUUCCUGCCGUCGGGACGAUCGACUCACUGAGAUGCCUCAAGAGCCGCAUCCAAGAAUCGGAGAUCAGUCGCUUGGAGAUCCUGCAGACUUUACUGCUGGCAAUGCACCAAGUCAAGACCGAUCGGCCAGUUAUGAAUUUAGCCAUCGAGAUCAUCAACCUCAGUGCGAUCAAAGAAAUCCCGUUCCUGCGCAAGGCCACGCUCCUGGCGUACGGUUCCAUGGUCUUCCGAUUCUGUGCCGACAAGUCUACUUGCUCCGAUGAUGUGUUGAAGCCACUUCACAACCUGCUGGCUGAAGCCACCAGCCAACGUAACGAUGAGAACAUCGUGCUGGGCCUGAAAGCCAUCGGCAAUGCGGGGCAGCCCGGCAGCAUCAAGAGUAUCAUCAAACUGUUGCCGUCCUUCGGAACCGUCUCCACCAACCUCCCACUCAAGAUCCGUGUGGACGCCAUCAUGGCUCUGCGCAACAUCGUACACAAGGACCCCAAAACGGUACAACGCAUUGCUGUGCAAAUCUUCCUGAAUCGCAAGAACCACCCAGAGGAGCGGAUGAUGGCGUGUGCCGUGCUCUUCCUCACCAAGCCUCCACUCACCCUGGUCUCCAUGGUGGCCAACUCACUGCUGACUGAGACCAGCCUACAAGUGGCCAGCUUCACCCAUUCACACAUCACAGCGCUGUCCAGGAGCUCCCUGCCCGGCACCUACACACUAGCAACCUCCUGCAAUCUGGCACUGAACAUCCUCAGCCCCAAGCUUGAGCAGUUGGGUAACCGAUUCAGCAAGGUUUACCGCAUGGACACCUUCAUGUACCGUGUGAUGGCAGGAAUAUCGGCCAAACUACUUCUGAUCAAGUCAUCCAGCACCGUCAUUCCAACAGCCUUGAUGGGCAAGAUCAAGGGUCAUGCUUUGGGUGGUGAGGUGGAUCUCAUUCAGGUUGGUUUGAGAGCUGAGGGUCUACAGGAAGUCAUCACAAAGUCUCGAUCAACAGACAUCAGGAUCACAGAGAACAGAUCCAUCCGUCGUAUCUUGAGCAAGAUUGUUAACUGGAAGGACUUCCCCGAGGAGGAAAUCCUGGGCUCAGCUUUCGUCAGAGUGUUCGGACAGGAACUGGCCUUUGUCCAAAUCCGCAAAGACAUCAUCGAUCAAAUUGGCCAGUUCAUGACGGAACCACUCAGUGGCCAGUGGAGGAGUUACCUGCAGCAACUCAACAAUGGCAUCAACUUCCAGCCCGUCAAGGCCAUCAUGGCCGCCGAGGUUCGCCGUGUUGUUCCGACUGCCGUCGGUCUCCCCAUGGAACUCAACUUCAUCUCAACUGGUCUGGCUGUGGCCAAAGGAAGCAUUGAAGUCCGCUCUGAUCCUCCCAUUUCCCGACUUCCUCAGUUACUCACCUCCAAGAUUCAGCUGAAGGCUCGUCUGGCCCCAAGUGUGGCCAUUCACACCAGGGCCUUCAUGGGCAUCAACAUGCGUUACAUCCGCUCAGGAGUGAGUCUUCAGGCCAACGUCCGCUCAACUAUCCCCAUGGACAUAACCACCAAGAUCAACCUGAAAGAGGGCAGCUUCAGGAUCGACACCACUCCCGCUCAGAAGGAAAACAAGAUUGUCAGCAUUGAUUCUCAGGUCUAUGCCAUCUCAGCCAAUAUGGAGAACCUUUCCGCAGUGAGACGGGUGGCCAUCUUGCCUCGGUCGACAAGAAGGGACAUUUCCAGCCAAAGAUUCCGGUCGUCGGCUCAGUCAGGGAGGGUCCCAGAUGAGAGGAAUGUAGCACAGGUUGCCCCAGAAACCCUUGCUGACCAAGUCCCAUGCUCUGGAGAGGAUCAGCAUCCGAGGGUCCCGACCAAAGCUGCCUAUCGUGCGUGCAUGAGAGCGGACAAGAUCGGAGUGCAGGCUUGUAUUGAUGGAAGAAUGGAGAAUGCUCUUUCCGUCAAACACAUCCCACUGUACCGACUGAUUGGCCGACACCAGCUGAAUAUCACCAUUAUCCCAGUCAGCUCAGGAGCAGACAUUGAGAAGAUUGUGCUGGAGAUACAGGCUGGAGCCAAGUCUCUGACCAAGAUGAUAAAGCUUGAGGAUAAGGAGAUAAGAGCUCCAUCUGUAAUGAGCUCAGAUAGACUGGGGAGGAUUCUGAUGAAGCAGGCUAAGGGUAACAGAACACUGGGUCGGUCCAGUUCCAGUUCCAGUUCCAGCAGAUCCGGCCACCUGUCGGGCAACAGACACUUGCGGGCUGGCAGCAUCAUCAGUAGCAGCAGCAGCAGCAGCAGCAGCAGCAGCAUCAGGAAGAGCAACAAACACAGCAAGGGGCAGACCCGCAGCAUGCGACGCAGCGGCAAGGUCAAUCUCCGUGGCAGCACCAGGCGCAGCGGCAGCCUCCGUCUCAGCAGCAGCAGCAGCAGCAGCAGCAGCAGCCUCCGUCGCAGCCUCCGUCGCAGCAGCAGCAAACCUCGCAGCAGCCUCCAUCGCAGCCGUCGUCUCACCCUCCGUCGCAGCAGCAGCAAACCUCGCAGCGGCCUCCGUCGCAGCCUCCGUCGCAGCCUCCGUCGCAGCAGCAGCAAACCUCGCAGCAGCCUCCAUCGCAGCGGCAGCCGUGGGACCUCCAGCAUGCACAGGAGCAGCCGCAGGAGUUCACGCCGUGACAUCCUGGAACUUCGAUUUAAGUCUGGACAUGUCAGUCGGUCCACAGCCAGCAGGCGGUCAAUCCAAGUCAGCCGCUCGACAUCUCAACGCUCCAGCUCUCGUCUCAUCAGCAAACUCAGGCACUCGUCUGGAAUCAAGUCUAGACGUAGCAGUCUCAGCUCAUCCAUCCUCCGCUCAUCCACUCAGCGUUACUUGGUGGGCAAAGCUGGAACUCCAUUACUGGUCGUGCUUCUCCGGGUCAGACGUACAGAUGGAACACAACAAGGUUAUCAGCUGACGGGAUACGGCAAGAUUUCAUCACGGAUUCCCAGGAUGCACGUACGCCUGGUGGACCUGGAGCCCAAGAACAACUGGAAGAUCUGUGCUGAUGCAUUACUACCCCGAUCCCACAAACUCUUGACGUUGACAAGAUGGGGUGAAAACUGUGAGAAAUACCGCGUUGCAGUUACAGUCUCCACUGGUCAACUUGCAAGUCACCCAGCUACAAAGGUCAAGAUGCAGUGGUCUAGAAUCAACGAGAACUUGAAAUAUGGUGGCAGAAUGGUUGGCGACUACCUCCCAGGACUGGCCUAUUCACUGGGAUUAUCACAGAGCUACAAACGUAAUCGUGACCGUCAGAUUACUGUGCUGGUCGCACUAACCUCCCCACAAACCAUCGACACAAUAAUCCGCUUGCCCAAGAUGACAGCGUUCUAUCAGGGUCUCCGUAUCCCCACAUCCCUGCCAGUCCAUGCUGUCACCAAACGGAUGCAGGAGGCCGGAUUCCACAGCAUCGCCGAACUCUCAGAGACCUUCCUCACAAUGAACCAACGACAAUGCGUUGCUGAAAACGAUACAGUUUGGACAUAUGACGGGAACAGACUCAACCACAGUCUUUCCAACGAUUGCUACUAUGUCCUGACCCAAGACUGCUCCGAUAGUCCCAAGUUUAUGCUGUUGAUGAAGCGUGCACAAACCGAUAAGACGAAGAAGUCCAUCAAACUGAUUGUGUCCGUGAAAAACUUGACCAUUGAGGUAGUUCCUUCUUCAGACCGAAUGAUAUUAUUGGUGAAUGGAAGGAAACAGUCUGCCGGGCAACCAAUUCUACCAGCUGUUGUAGAAGUUGUACAAAACGUAACUGGAAUCACUCUGCGGAUCCCGUCUGUGAACAUCGAGAAGUUGUACUUUGAUGGAGAACGUGUCCAGAUUGUCGUGGACCAGAUGAUGAGCAAGACGUGUGGAAUCUGUGGCCUUAACAACGAUGAGAAGAAAAUGAUGAUGCCCAGCCGGGAGGUGGCCGAGGACCAGGACCGUCUCUUUGAGUCCUGGUUGUGUUCGGGAACGUCGUGCAAGGACGAUUGCAAAGUAAGGCGGGACUUUGUGGAACUAGGAACUGUGGUGGAGUUUGAAGGACAGGCAUCCAGAUGCUAUUCUGUAGAACCAGUACAACGGUGCCUGGCAGAAUGUACACCCAUGGAAACACGAUCUCGCCGUGUCCGCUUCCACUGUUUGGCAGCCAAUUACACAGUGACUGACAUGAGUCUCUUUAACAAGAAGUCAGUGGACAUCAGUCGAUCUGUCGACUCCCACGCUGACUGCAUGUGUCGCUGUUCCCAAUGAUCAAGAUCAACAGCAACCUUCACACCUGCUGCAUCAGCAACCUUGGAAUAUUACAAUCAUUUGCAAAUUCUCACCAUGUAAAAAAGUAAAUUCAACAUCUUGAAUUGUUCUUUCAAAAACACUAAUAAAGAUUUCUACAGCAUCCAAAAAACAGUUUGUGUAUCGUUUGAGUAACAACGGUGGUUUUAUGGAAGUAAUAGAUGGUGCUGAACGUGCU